AUGGACGCUACAUCAGCGACUUCUGGACAUGCGACAGAAAUCACGUUACCAAGCGCCAAACAGCUGAUAGUGAAUACGCUGCGUCGCGCUUGGCGAACCCCAAGGACGCAUCGCGCAAAAGCCUGCGUCUGGAAAGCGAAGGCUCAACGUCAGCGAACCUGGGCAGACAAAGAGGCGGAUCGAGAACGUUUGCAAGCAGUAAAAAAGUUAGAGCGCAGCCUGAAGGAGAAGGCGCGGGCACAGCGGGCAGCUGAAGCAGAGCGAAGAGCCCAAAUGCGCGCCGAACGUGAAGCCAACGCCCUCCGCACCGGCACGAAAGUGCAGAUUGUGCGUGAUUCGAACAAGAUCAAGCGCAUGUCUAAAAAGCAGCAAAAAUUGCUACGAAAGAUGGCAUUAUAG